AACAACAACAACAACAACAACAAAAGAAUGGAUUACAGGUGGAUGAAAGAAAGAAGAUUUUAUUACAACAACAGCAACAACAUCAGCAACAACAACAACAACAACAACAGAAACAGAAACAACAUGGAGAUAAUGAUAUGACCAAUUCACAUCAAGGACCUUUACUUAGUUAUGAUUCUCAAUCUGCAUCAUUGAUGGAUAUUUAUGGUGUAGGUGGAUAUGAAUACGAUCAUUAUCCAGUCCUUUGUCCUUAUCAUACAUUAUUAUUAUUGGAAGAUCCUGAAGAAGUCUUGAAAAACAUGCCUUUAGAUGCAAGUCCCACUUUGGUACAAUUGAUUCAAAUCUUAACACCCACACAAACACUACAAGAAUUACAUUUAAUUCUGGAUUGUUCUUUAGCUCAAAUAUAUCGUUUAGCAGCUCAUUUGAUUUAUUGGCGAAAAGCAAAAUUGAUUCAUCCUAUUCAUGCUCGAAAUAACUAUGUAUUAUCCCCCAAGGCAAAAUUCGAAGAUCUGGCAUUGAUAGAACAAGAUUUCAAACUUCAUAUUCCUAGUCUCAAUCUUCCUACAUUUUUAUCUCAAUUAUCUUAUGGAAAACCUUUAUAUCGAAUUACUCCCUCCAAAGAAUAUCGAAAUCAAUAUCUGGAAGCCAUCACAUAUCUUGUACGCAAAGAUUGGGUGAUUCAACUACAUAUGUUUUUGGUUUUGAUGCAACCUUGGCCCAAUGAUGAAGAAGGUGGGAAAUGGGCUCAUGAAAAAGCACCCAAGGAAGUCGCAGAUCUAUUGGUUCGGUUAGUGCCUUAUAUGGAUGGUAAGCACCCUAUUGAAGAAAUCAUGUACCGUGAAGCUGUAUCAAGAAAACAAUUAGGUUUAGUAUUAAAGUAUUAUAGACAAUAUAUUGUUACUAUGUACCAUUAGUUGUUUUUAUUCAGAUAAUAAUAAUAAAAAAAAAAAAAGGUUUCAAAUGCAC